AACGCCACGUCCAUUUUUUUAAAUUCAAAUACGUGCAGUGGUUUCAUCGUGUGAAUUUCGACGAAAUGGAGACGCUUAAUAAUCGCCAUUCAUCGCGCAAUUUGUCGCUGAUUGUUGAAAAUUGGAGGACGUUCGUCGAUGUCUGACCGCCAUCGUUACCCUUUCGGGGAUGUUUUCCCGCCACUUAAGAGAGUUGUACCUGAUGCAGCCCCAGUACGGCCAGGGAGCUGCACCCUCCCACCAUCCUCCACCGUUCGCCCCACCAGAAGUGUCGUCUGGGUUUUUUUUUCUACUCGUUUGAGCACGUUUCGUUGUGGACUGGCAGAUAGCCGGGUAUCUUGGUGGAAAAAGACACGUUUGGCAACAAAAAUGGCGUUGUUGGGCAAUGGUGGGAGUGUUACGAGUUCCCUGAGACAGUGGCGCAAAAAGGAUUAUGUUGAAAAAAAAUCGCCGGAGGAGAGUUCGCCACCUGCCAAUGAAAAUCCGAGUCAUAUCGCUCGUGUUGCACCACACACUUAUUACCCACGGCCUCCGGAUGACCAAUGCAACUAUCAGCACCAUUACGGAGAUUACAGCUUGUCGUAUAAACCCACGGGACCUGUGAAGUAUUCGGAAAUAGUUGAGAGUCAACAGACGCAAACCAUAGAGCAUAUAACGCCCGUUAUUCAAAAACACAAGGAGAAGGAGUAUGUGGAAUUGUGCAGUGGUCCCUCUCAAGCUCACCAUGUUCCAAUGAAGCAGUCGGCAUAUCCUGAACCUCCACUUUCACACCAAUACAUUCCAAAAGAUUCCCAAAUUCAUCCAUUUUUACAAAAACCAUCUCAAAUGCCUCAAUAUAUGCAAAAGGAACCUUACCAGCAGUUCCUAUCAAAGUACAACAUGCAAAAUCAAUAUUCCCAGCCUUAUCCAUCGGAACCGAAUAAUUUCCUUGCGCAUUUAAACAAAAUCAAUCCACGAAUGGCUCAAUCGAUUAUAAACGACACUCAUUUGAGAGAAUCGCAAAUUCCGAUGUAUCACAACUUGGAUCACAACAGACCCUACCCUCAAUCGCAACGAAUGUACCACCCUUCUUCCAUGCCACCCAAUCCAGCGCACUCACAACGAAAUUUGCCCCCUUCCUACAACUACCCACAGUCUUACAAUUACAAUGUGAAACCGAACAUUCCACCGGUCGACCCGUACAGCCGCCCCUACCAGCAUAACGUCCCGAAAUAUCUUCCAGAGCAGCCCCUACCUAACAUAUCACCGCAGCAUUUGUAUAACGAAAGCAUGCACAUGAACUACGGCCCCUACCCCUCCUCCAAACUGUCGCCGAAUUACUCCCAACUGGAGUACGCUCAGCACUACCAGCACCGGCGCCAGCUGCCGCACGAAUACUACACGCACCCGCCCUUCAAGGACUCCUUCGCGCAAAACCCCCAGCUCUCGCCCGAGGAUCUAGGCGCGGAGCCCGGCUCGCGAAAGCCCAGCCUGAAACAAUACCUCGAAUCCUGGGUCGAAGAGAAUAUCUCGGGCAAUCUGCCCGAGAUGAUCGCGAACAACACGAUCGCCGACAUGGAGCAGCUGAAGACGGCGCUCCAGGCGAAAUCCGGCGACGCGCAGGACCAACCCCUCUACGUACUCGACACGACCGAAAUAACAAACGACAGCCUGCCGCAGUUCCUCCACCUGCAGCAGUUCGAGAAGCUGCCGGAGAACAUCAGGGGCUACUACACGUCGACGGCGUCGGUUCCGCACGAGGCUCGCCAGGUGAUCGUCGAGAACAAGGGCGCGGAGAGCUACACGAACCCGUGCUCGUUGCUCGCGAAACCGCUCGUCGAAAGUUGCAACUUGGUCGACAAAUCCCUCGAGAACAAGGUCGUCGAGAUACACAUCGUCGAGGAUUCGGAGGCAGCUGAUCUGAGCGGUGGGAUAAUGGUGAACGCUCCGAAGCAGGGCGAGAGCGUGAUCAAAAUGUGCGCGAGCGUGCAGGAGGACGAUUCGAAUCACAGCAGCGGCGAUAGCUACAAGAGCAUGCCCGAUAUUGAGCAAGAGGGCGAGGUUUCUCCGCGUCUCGCCGAAAGCCCCGCCGAGCAACCGGUGGACUUGGCGAUUUCGACCGUCGAGGACGACGUCACCUCACCGGUUAACCUCACGCAGGAGGUCCAAGGCGAAAAUGCCACCGCGGAUGUGUCCUCUUUGGACAAGUUCCUGGAGGAGAUUGUGGGUGGUUCUGCUAAGGACGACGUGGAAACGCCCGUCAAUUGCCUGAACGAGGUCGCCGAAAAAAUGCAGGAGGAGGUGAUUCCGGAACUGACCGCUGCGGAAGCGAGCCCGGUCUCUAUGUGCGCGACCGAGGACGUGGAAGAAGAAGCGCGACAGGUGGAUGAAGCAAUUCCACACGAGGAGGCAAGCGUGACUGAGGAGCCGGCAGCAAUCGAACAAACCGAAGAGGGGCUGGAGAAUGAGAUUUCUCUCAGUGCGGCUCUUACAACCGACAAAGUCGACGAAAUCGAAACUCUCCCCGCCACAGCUCUUUUGGCCGAGGAGCGAGCAAGUGAGAGUGUUGAAGAACCGGAGGCAAGCGAGAUGGUAGACGAAAUGGAAACUCCACCCGCUCCAACACUUGUCGAAAAGGGAGACGAAACCGACAUUCCGUCCAUCACAGCUCUCCCCGUCGAGGUCGAGAGUGAACCUGCGAGCAGAGAGGAGAGUGAUAUAGCUGAAAGCAGAUCGACAAGAGAUAAAACUCCACCGCUUGCGGUGGAUGAGCCUACGCCGGUUCUGAAUGUUGAUAGAAAGAGGUGGAGGAUGCAUAAAAUCGAAAGUGGGAGACGAUCAAAGAGAGAAGCAGUGGAAAAACGCGAGAGGAGGUUGAAGAGGUAUAAAACACAAAUCCGAGCCGAGACAAUCAGAGGUGUUGAGAAGAGGUGUAAGCGAGACAAAAUCGACAUACCACUCGAGAGAGCUGUGGCCGAAAUCUCGGUGGAGGAGACGGUUCAAAGUGAAAACAAUGAUAGCUCUAGGGGAGACAACGUCGCGAUUCUGUCAGAGGAGGCGAGUUUGGGGGAUUUGACCGAAAUCCCGCCGAAUACUGUGGAGGAGACGGAGGGGAAAAUUGAAAAAAAUGACAGGAGCUGGAAAAGAAAAUCUACCGAUGAGGAGGCGACCGCUUUACCUGAAAUUCCGCCGAAUGCAGAAGAAGAGGCCGACAAAAAUGAGGCGACGGCCCAAAACGAAAGGAUAUCGAAGGAGGAUCCACCGGAAAUCCCUUUGAACGUUGUAGAGGAGACGGUUCUGGAUGUAGAGAGGAAGUGGGAGAUGGAUAAAACCGAAACUCCGCCCUCUGCAGAAUGUACGAUUGAAGAACCGACAGCACCUGCUGCAGCGGGUACGAUUGAGGAACCGACAGCAUCCGCUGCUGUUGAAGAAAGCGAACUGAAGCGAAAGAAAGAUAGGAAGAAGGACAGAAGAGAGAGAACGAAGAAGAAAAAGCACCUCGAGGAUCCGCCUCAUUUUGUGGAUCAAAAAUGCGAAGAAAGCGUGGUCAAUAUCGAAGAGCCUCGAUCGGAAGUGGUGGAAGAUCUCCCUGUGGCUAUCGAAGACUCAGAAGAGAUGCCGGUGUUGGAGAAGGCCACUUACGAUGAAAGCGAAGCGAAUAUUGUGUACCACAUAAAUGAUUCCAACGUUGUCUUGCAAAUUGCGGAUGAGCUUCUGGAAAUUAAUGUUACAGUGCAGAAUGGAAAGAAGCUCAUUUUGGUGAAGACCUUUUCCGAUGCCGUAAUAAUGAAUAAUACGGACAGCUGUCCGAUCUUGGAGGACCAGACUACUGUAGUUCAAACGAAGCCCCCUCCCGUUGAGCAUCCAGUUCUCGACAACUACGCAAACGUCACCGUGGAUAAUGUAGAGAUGUACGUCAAGGAGAUCUGCGAAGGACCCGACAUUCCCAUCGAGAACGAAGUAUGCGUGUUCAACGAGGAGGUCGUGUCGAGCUCUACGGAAGCGGGGUCCUUGCCGAAAGCGGCGACGGAACAGGCUCCCGCGCCGACUGCUCCCGAAGAAAAAAAGGUCGAAAAGAAGAAGAGUCCGAAAAAAAAAACUGUAACAUGGCUAGAUCAAGCCGAGCCGAAGAGGUGCCUUGAUACCAAACCAACUUUCCCCAAAACUCCCAAAACGAAAGCUGCCUUGAAACUAAUCGAACCACACCAAACGAAAAUGAAAGAUCACUGCGUGCCUUCCAAGACGAAAAGCUCGAUCGCCGAAAAGAUCGCCAAGCUCAAAAAGCCGCCGAGGCUCGACGGCAACAAGCCGACGAAGCAGCAGAAGGCGGAGAAGCCAAAGAAGAACGAAUCUCACCCGCGAAGCAUUCCGAAACCGAAGGAGAGGACGAAACCGAAGAAGCCGAUCGCGGAUCCUAGGAAAGCGAAAUUUUUUAGUCGACAAGCCCCAGUUAACAUCGACUCCCUGUACAGGAUGAGCAUCGAGCCCGAGAAUUUGGCAAAGAUUCAGAAGGAGCCCGAGGUGGUCAAGGCGAAAAUCGACGUGGAGGAGCCUCAACCGCCUUUAAUCAGCGUGCAGGAGAACAGCAUAACGUCGUCCACUUGCCAGGAGACGGAGGCCACGCAGAGGGAGCGCGCCAACAAAUUGAUUCAGCAAAUUAACGACGAUUGGGAGGACGAGGAGGACGGCGGUAAAAUCGUCGAGUCUAACACGCGCAGAUUGAGCUUGCAGGAGUACAACGACCGAAAACGCACGGGCUCGCUGACUGAGCCCGAGCGGUGCAGCUUCGCCGGCCCCGACCUUACGAGUAAUUUACUGGGGAACGUCGCGGGUAUACGGCGCAAGGUCUCGCCGAAAUCGCCCGAGCUCAGCGUCAAAUUCAUCAAUAAGACCUAUUCGCGAACUUCGUCCUUCGAAAGUGGCAGUCCCCCUCACAAGACGGAGGAGUCGUUGUCGAGCAGUAUCGAGCUGCAGCUGCCGAAACGCAACCGGGUACUGCCGACGCCGAACUACAACCAGGAAUACCUGAAGAAGGCGCUGAUGAACGACCUGCACACCGUAAACCAGAUCACCGCCACCUUAAUUCGGGAAAACCAGGAGUUGAUGCGUCGAUUUCUCGAGCAGCAGCGACUGACGGCGGGCGAGUUGAAAAAGGUGAAGCAGAUCAUACGCUAUAAACGCCUAGUUCAGCAUUUGACGACGAUGAGGGUUAAGGAGGUGGAGCCGAAUAAUAACGUGAUCCGACGGGAAUCUCCCGUCAGCACCGGCGAGAGGCGCCGAAAGAGGCGGUUUCGAUUUUUAUACUCGGACGACGAGUACGAGGGCGACUCGUCGAACAGUUCCCCUCUUAUAGUGAACGAUACUUGCCUUAAACGAGCGCGCGUCGAAAAUUUAGUGCCUGACUAUUCGGUGCAUCAAAGCAAUUCACAGGGUCAGCUAACCUUAGUCUUUAAAAGGAACGUUAAAAGUGAUCCGAGAAUGCAACCCUUUGUUAAACUCGAACGUUUACCUAGUCUCGAUAGGCUAGCGCUUAAUCUAUAAGUGUUAUGUUUAUUAUGAAUAACGGGACCAAAGUUACUUUAGCGCUAAUAUUUUUUUAGUCAUCGGAGGGUCCUUCUCCGAUUAGUUAAUUUUGUUAUACGAUGCAAAGUUUAUACCAAAAGGUGCGAGUCGAAAUCAAUGCAGAAAGUAGCCCCCCCCCUCACCCUUUACUGAUCUCGCACGCGAGUGUAACAAUCUUCAUCAAAUAUUAGAGAAGCCGAAUCUUGUCUUGGUGAUCGCAUACGAUGGUCAAAGGAGGAAUUUCUGAAAACUGAUCAUUUUCUAGUCAUCUGUUACCAAUCGCCGGCUGCUUUCUGCAGUCCAAUUUCGACUUGUCUGUAAAUUUAACUGAUUCAUAUGGACUUGAUUGUUAAGUUUGUUAUAAUUUUAUAAAAGAGAAACUGUUACAGGUAGAUUUUGUUUAAACAUUCUCAUUUCAUGUUCCUACGAGAUAUUUGAAAAAAUUGUAUUAGGUAAUUUUUGUUGAAUUUGAACGCAAUGGAUGGUAUAAUUUAUUUGCUCAGUUAUAUCACGUUGUUGUACAUAAUAUUUAGUACAAAAGUUGUUGGGCCAGUGUAACGUUCCAAUUUAAAGUAGAGACGAUGUUAAAGAUGUGUAUGUAGUUUAUGUAUCGAUAUCUAUAUCAAAAGUUAGUUCUAUCUCAAAUCUCAUAUUCUUUAUAGUAAUUUAUUGAUAUUUUGGAACUGUCUUUAAUGUUACGAUUGAAAUAAAAUUGCACCGAGUGUGCUUUAGAUGUUAAAUGUAGCUCAUUUUGCAGUAUUAAAAUUAAAAGUGGCCUUUAAUGUUUUGCGUGUGUGUGUGUGUUAAUUAUGUACUAUCAAGAAACCGAAACAAGAGAAAGCACACAGUUCUCCAAAGCGCAUGAAUUUCCAAAGUUGUAAAUAAAAAGAAAAAUUCCAUAUCUAAGGUUGUGAACCUACGGACGAUUUAAAUUAUAGUCCCAUAAAUAUAAUAUUGUAUAUUUUGUAGUGGUAUACAAACAAAAAACUAUUGCAAGCAACUUUUGUACAGUUGACCGUUCGGUGAACGGUUCGCCUUUACAGAUACUGUUGUAAACUUGUAUUUGUUCGCGGUCAAAUUCCGACAGAAAUUUUCGAUAGAAGAUACUAAAUUUUGGGUGCCUUGUCUGGUUUGGCCGACGAAUAAUAAUUAGCACGUGUGUUAAUAAAGAAUGAAAGCUUU